AUGGGCUCAUCUCAUUCCAAUGCAUAUUCCCCAUAUUUUCCUUUCAACUCUCACCCUGCGGUUAUUUUCAUCGCGAUGAGUAACCUUGAUAGUGAGUUGCUGGCAACGACAACUAAACUAACUAUCUCACAUGAGGAGUCAGCGUUACAGUCAGAUGACGAUAGCGACUCCAACACUAUUGGUGAAAACUCCAACGCGUUGAAUUCUCAUGCUGAGGCCAUAAAACGUCGAAGAUCUUCAGCAGCUUCAGUCUCAUCGAAUCCGGUACCGAAGAAGAUCCAUAAGAAGAAGCUUGAAAAAUCAUUAGGAAAACCCAGAAUCCAAGUCAAUGAAGAAAACUACCAUGUAAGUGAUUAUAGAGACCUUAUAUUAUCGAUAUUUACCGGGGUGAAAUCUGCUGGUAGGAAGAUUGAGGUUCUUUAUGGUGACAAUAUUUCCAAAAUAGUUUACGUUUUGGCUGAUAAAAUUGUUCCUGAAGACUUCAAAUCGUCUGUGACAGAGUCUAAGGAUAUUGUAAUUGAAUCACCGUUCGAGUUCAUCAAUGAAAACUUCGACAAAAUCAGUUAUAUCACCAAUCCUGGAUCUAAAUCAAUGUUACAUCCUGUUCUCGACACGUUAACUAACAUCAGACUCAAUAAGAAAGAAGUUCAGGUAGCCUUACAAUCCCUGAAGACCAAUAAAAUCACCAUCAAUGAUUUGUCUUUGACACCCAAUGCCUUGAAAUGGAAUGGUUAUCCUAUACAUUCAUCCAUAGAGGAAUUGGUGACCGUUACCAGAGAUUCCAUGGAUAGAUUUGGAACCUCUAAGACUGUCAGUGAAGAUGAAUGGGUGGAGACGGUUGAAACUGACGAUGAUAAACAUAUUUAUGCUAUGGAUUGUGAAUUCUGUCUAGGGAAUAAUGGUCAUGUUCUUACCAGAAUUUCUAUCGUAGAUUUCAGUGGCUCCACACUUUAUGAUACCUACGUCAAACCUUCCACAGAAAUCAUUGAUUAUCUUACUAAAUUCAGUGGUAUAACCCAGGAAAAGCUAGAGAAUGUCACUACCACUUUGGCCGACGUUCAACAAAAAGUUAUAGAGAUCAUUCACAAACAAGACAUCAUCAUUGGACAUAGUCUUGAAAGUGAUUUAAAUGUUAUAAAAAUCCGUCAUCCGAAUAUUGUUGAUACUUCAUUAUGUUAUCACUCAGUACGUGGACCUCCAUAUAAGCCAGGAUUAAAAUAUUUAGCUAAACUUCAUCUUGGGAAAUCCAUUCAAGAAGGUGAAACCAGCGGUGAAGGACAUUCCUCAGUCGAGGAUGCAUUGACGUGUUUAGAAUUAGUGAAAAUGAAGAUAUUAAAUGGUCAAUUGUUCGGAGAACAAGUAAAGAAUGAUUCCAUCUUCAAGAGAAUCGAUCAUCAUAGGCGUCUCAAGGGGAAACAACCCAUUAAAAGUUUAAUCAUAGACAGAAGAUAUCAAAAUUCUCAGAAUGAAACGGUGCGAACCGUAGGUGUUUGUAGUGACGAAGAAGCCCUUGAGGCAUUAGGUCUCGGUAAAGAAGAUUACGACAUUUCCAUCGUAUCGCUUUAUGAUAACGACAAACUCAGUACUAAUCUAGAUAAGAUCUACCAAUCAUUACCAUCCAAUUCCCUUUUCAUCAUAUCGAACUUACCUCCAACGGAGCAGGUGAAUUUACUCCAGAGGCAAAAGAAUGAUUUUAAGAAAUUCAAAGGGCAAUUGGAAGAAUGGGAAGGAGACGUCUGGGAUUUUGAUAAGGAAGUAAUGUUGAAACAAGAAGUACAGUCCAGUAGAAGGGGUGUUUCAUUCAUCAAAAUAAAAGAUUAA